GAAACUCGUGAGUUACGGUUUUGGAAACCAGGCUGCUCACUCCGGCUGUUUGUUAUCGUAGAAAGAUCAGGAGCUCAGUGGUGCUAUUUCUGUACUGCCUGCACGGGGUGUGCCCCUCCCCCCUCCUUUCGCCUGCACAGCCUCCUUCUAUACUGCACAGUUUGCACAGACGUGCGAGCCGAGCAGGACGUUUUGAUAAGCAGAACUGCAAGUACACCCAACAGCUGGAGAGCCCAAUCGAGCCUGCGGCCACCAUUAAACCUUGCAGCAGCCAUCUCCCCGGUUAAAUGAAGGCAGCACGCCAGCCGGAUUGCACCACGGGGUCGCAGUCGGGUCCAGUGUGCUGGAGACUGGGGCAAGGAAUAUUCGGCCGCAGCAGCUGGCCUUGGAAGAAUGCAUGGUUUUCCAUCUGAAUGCCUAACAGCUUUGAGGAGAAGCAUCAUUAGUACACGUGAGCAGGUAUCUUACCAUCAUGGCGGAUGAAGAUCUUAUUUUCAGCAUAGAGGGCAUUGAUAACUCCCAAACAAAAAGGGUGAGCUGUAAUGAGGAUUCUGAUAGUGAAGAGGAGGACAGUUACUUUAUCUGCCCAAUAACAGAUGACCCUGUAAGUAAGAAAACAGAGGUCACCAACAGCAAAGGUUUUUUCAGAAAGAUCGUAAAGAAUGAAGAGUAUUCCAGCAGUUCAUCUCCAAGGUUUUCCUUUAAGAAAGAAACGCAGGAAUGUUCUAAGUCUGGCUCAUUUCACGAACGAGGUCGGGAAACCUGGAAGCUUGCCAUUCAGAAAGCUAAACAGAUGCCUGACCCUUGGGCUCAGUUCCAUCUGGAGAACAUUGAAACAGAAACAGCAACACGUUACAGGUACAAUGCUGUCACCAGAGUGUGGUCAGAAGAUGAAGUGUUAAUUAAAAUGGCAACCCAGCCGUUUGGUCGUGGAGCUAUGAGAGAAUGCUUCAGAACAAAGAAGCUUUCAAACUUCUGCCAUAAGCAGAAUUGGAAAAGUGCCUCGAAUUACGUUGCAAAGCGGUACAUCGAGACUGUGAACAGGGAAGUUUACUUUGAGGAUGUGCAGCUGCAGAUGGAAGCCAAAUUAUGGGGGCAGGAGUACAAUUUGCAUAAACCCCCAAAGCAGGUAGAUAUCAUGCAGAUGUGCAUACUUGAAAUGAAGAAUCGACCUGGCAAACCUCUGUUUCACUUAGAACAUUUCAUUGAAGGCAAGUACAUCAAAUACAACUCCAACUCUGGGUUCGUUCGAGAUGACAAUAUUCGGCUUACACCACAGGCUUUCAGCCAUUUUACAUUUGAGCGCUCAGCACACCAGUUAAUUGUUGUUGAUAUUCAGGGUGUUGGAGAUCUUUACACUGAUCCUCAAAUCCACACUCAUGCUGGUACAGACUUUGGCGAUGGUAAUUUAGGUGUUCGUGGCAUGGCCUUAUUCUUCCAUUCGCAUUCCUGCAACAGAAUAUGUAACAGCAUGGGGCUUCUACCAUUUGACAUGUCACUAAAGGAAAAAGCAGCUUUGAACAAUACUGAAAAGUUACAGCAAUGUGCAGAAACAAUUCUCAGAGGGACUGAAGAAAAAUGUGGCAGCAACCGAGUACGAACGAUUUCAGGAAGUAGGCCACCUCUUCUUUUCCGCCUGUCAGAAAACUCAGGGGACGAGAACAUGAGUGAUGUAGCAUUUGAUUCAUGGCCUUCUUCUCCAUCUCCAGCAACACCACACAGCCAGAAAUUUGAGGGUCUAAGUUGGCCAGUAGUUAAUGAAGUUGACAAUUUGGAACAUGAAGACAGCAGUAGUGUAGAAAACCAUAGAGAUUCUGAAAAUGGUGGUGACAGCGGUUAUCCUAGUGAAAAGCGAAGUGAGUCAGAGGACAUGGAACCUCGGGCACAUUCGCACAGCAGACGAAGACAUUAUGAAUCUGACGAAGACAGUUUUGGCAUGAAAAGCGCUGUUGCAAAUAAACCCUCCUUGACCCCCAAAAACAGUCCACGGAGUAAACUGCUGGGUGUAGAAAGGUGGAAUCAGUAUCAUUCUUCCCGUAACAACAUUCACCGACCAUCUUGUGUUGCUCUGGAAGUGCAACGGCUGAACGCUUUGGAUGUUGAAAGGAAGAUUGGAAAGUCUAUACUUGGGAAGGUCCAUUUAGCUAUGGUUCGUUAUCAUGAAGCUGGUCGAUUCUGUGACAAGGAGGAGGAGUGGGACAGGGAAUCAGCCGUUUACCAUUUGGAGCAUGCAGCCCUUUGUGGAGAACUGGAAGCCAUUGUUAACCUGGGCCUCAUGUAUUCUCAGCUGCCACACCACAUUGUUGCAGAUGUCACAGUAGAUGAUACAGAGCAGAACAGAAUCAAAGGCUUUAACUACCUACUCAUGGCUGCAGAAGCUGGAGACCGGCCUUCCAUGAUCCUUGUAGCUCGAGCUUAUGACACCGGUAUUAAUCUGGGAAAAGACAGGUCUCAAGAUUGGGUAGAAGCACUACAUUGGUAUGACUCUGCCCUGAACAUGACGGAAUACGAUGAAGGUGGAGAGUAUGAUGGUACACAGGAUGAGCCGCGGUACCUCCUCUUGGCUCGAGAAGGAGAAAUGUUAAUGACAGGAGGUUUUAGCUUGGAAAAGGAUCCACAGAGAGCAGGUGAUCUCUUUACUGAGGCAGCUGAAGCAGCAAUGGAAGCCAUGAAAGGACGGCUGGCCAAUCAGUACUAUCAGAAGGCAGAAGAAGCCUGGUCAAUGAUGGAGGAGUGAUACAGACCCACACAGAAACAAAAAUUAUACGACUGUUAUUUUGUUUACAGAGAAGUGUAUUUUUAUGUGUUGUAUGCUUCCUUCCACUUCCUUUUUUAAAUUGGUUUAUGUUCAUUGAAAAUUUAAAUAUGAAGUAUAUAUAUUUCGGGGAGGAUGAGCUAAUAUAUUUUUACAUGUUUCAAAACUGCUCAGAAAUUAAGAGUAAAGUUGUUUCUUCUUAGCUUGUUAAGGUGUCAAAUGAUUUUAGUCUUUAUAAUUUUUUUUUUGCAUUGAUUGUAAAUUUCAUGUUGAAAAAUGCCCCUAAAGGGGCAUAUACUGUUGUCUGUUGCCAGCAGUUGACUCAAGUCUGAUGUAGUAAGUUUGCUUGUGGUGUAAAUCUGACAUGAUUCAUUUCUUUUCAGAAUGAGUUAACCAUGUGCAUUUAUGCCACUUGUCAACUUGUAUCUGUUAACUUCUCAUGUGUACUGUUGCACACAGAAAAGAUAAGUCUGUUUACAAAGUGCAUGGAUAAUAUUUAUUAUUAAGUUAUAGCAAGAGAAAAUUUAACUUAAAUUAGUAACAAUGUUCUUGCUGAAUGGACAAUAUUCUGUCUUACUGAUACUUUGUGUUAGUUACAAAUGUCUUGGGAGUAAGUUUUGCAAUAUAUACUAUAAUAUUGGGAUCCCAGGUAUUAGCAUUGUGGGUAAAUUCUGGUACUAUUAAUACCCAAUUUCCAUUGCUCAUGUUGUACUGCAGAUUCUGCUUGCUUUGAUUAUACUUCAUGAAACAAGUCCUUUUUCCAUGCUUUCUCAUUGUGAUGCAAGAGUUUGAGGGUUUUUUAAUUAAAAAAAUAAUGACUUCUUUACUAUAACACUAUAGUGGCACCUGCAGUAUUACAUAUAACAAUUCUUGUACUGUCAGAAUUACUUACCAUGACAUACUUAUUAGCUUGUUGCAGUUAGGCUGCUAAGUGGAAAAUAUUCCGAGAUGUAUGUAGUAGCAAUCCUUAUUUCUGCAUGCAGAAAGAGAACACAGAUGAUUUUGAAUUAAUUCUGAUACUUUUGUUUUGAGGCAGCUUUCUUUAUAUUCUUAAAUUUCUUAAGCCAAAUAAAGUUAUUCCACUUGUGUUUUA